GAUGAGCAUUAUUUGGAUACACAAGGACAGUCGGAUAAGGGGGAAGCGAGCAAUACUCUCGAAUGUCACAGAUAAGCAUUCUGCUACACAUAACCAACACUGCCUUCUCGUUUGAGCAUUAUAUAAACUCAGUCGGUGCUCAUAACUUUUCCUCACACGACUCUGCUCACUCAUAUUUAUAUUGAACAAACAGAGAUCCCAAAUCAAUGGAUAUUGAAGCAGGUAAAGAUAUUCCUGUAAGAGACCCAGCGCUACUCGAUGACGACGGCAGAAUCAAAAGAACCGGGAACGUGUUCACUGCUACCACGCACAUAGUAACGGUGGUGGUGGGUGCAGGAGUGCUGGCUCUGGCAUGGGCCAUGGCUCAGCUUGGAUGGAUAGCUGGCAUAGCCGUUAUGAUCCUCUUUGCAUGCAUUUCUGUUUACACUUACAAUCUUGUAGCUGAUUGCUACAGAUUUCCUGACCCAGUCAGUGGCAAGAGAAACUACACUUACAUGCAGGCCGUUGAUGCCUACCUUGGUGGAAAAAUGCACGUGUUCUGCGGAUCCGUCCUAUAUGGGAAGCUCGCCGGGGUUACAGUGGGCUACACUAUAACUAGUUCUGUGAGCUUGGUGGCUAUAAAGAAAGCUAUUUGCUUUCACAAAAAAGGCCAUGAUGCUUAUUGCAAGUUUUCAAACAAUCCCUAUAUGAUUGGUUUUGGGAUUUGCCAAAUUUUAUUGUCUCAAAUCCCAAAUUUCCACAAGUUAACGUGGCUUUCAACCAUUGCUGCUGCUACCUCUUUCGGUUAUGCAUUCAUUGGAAGCGGGCUUUCUCUUUCGGUGGUGGUCUCAGGUAAAGGAGAAGCAACCAGUAUAUUUGGAAGCAAAGUAGGACCAGAUUUAUCUGAAGCGGAUAAAGUUUGGAAGGUUUUCAGUGCUUUGGGAAACAUUGCACUUGCUUGCUCAUUUGCUACUGUUAUUUAUGACAUAAUGGAUACAUUGAAGUCCUAUCCACCAGAAAACAAACAGAUGAAAAAGGCCAAUAUGUUAGGAAUCACAACAAUGACAAUACUUUUCCUGCUAUGCGGUGGCCUUGGCUAUGCUGCUUUCGGAGAUGACACGCCGGGGAACAUCCUCACCGGCUUUGGAUUUUACGAGCCAUUCUGGUUGGUCGCCCUUGGCAAUGUUUUCAUUGUAGUCCACAUGGUUGGAGCAUAUCAGGUGAUGGCUCAACCACUAUUUCGUGUAAUUGAGAUGGGUGCUAACAUGGCGUGGCCGCGUUCAGAUUUCAUUAACAAGAGCUAUCCCAUCAAAAUGGGCUCCUUAACAUGUAACAUCAACUUGUUUAGGAUAAUUUGGAGGUCAAUGUAUGUGGCAGUGGCCACAGUUAUUGCCAUGGCUAUGCCAUUUUUCAAUGAGUUUCUUGCCUUGCUUGGAGCAAUAGGGUUUUGGCCUCUCAUUGUCUUCUUCCCUGUACAAAUGCACAUUGCACAGAAACGGGUAAAAAGACUAUCAUUGAAGUGGUGUUGUCUUCAAAUAUUGAGCUUCGCGUGCUUCCUAGUUACAGUUUCCGCGGCAGUUGGUUCGGUUCGUGGAAUUAGCAAGAAUAUAAAAAAAUACAAACUUUUCCAGUAUAAACAAUAGGGCAUUUGGUUGCACAUUCCAGUGUCUCACAUUUGAGAAAUGUGAAAAUAGCUAUAGCUAGGCAGAAAAAGAAGGGAGACAAGUUAAUUAAAACAAGGCAGUGAAAAUUAUCUGAAUGCAAAAUUAUUUGUCAGCUACAUUAUUCCAACUUACAGUGUGAGCAACACUAUUUCAACUAGUCAAAAUAUUUCUGUCUCAGUUAUAUCAAAUUACUCUCAUUUUAUGUUCAUGUA